UAUGUGGCAGAAGAGGGAACUCCAGAAGGAGACAGAAAGCAGUGCUUGGCUAAUAUUAACAAAGUAUGUAGAUCUUAUCAUGAAUCCAUAUUAAUUUAGUUGAGGGGCGCAGCAGACAGGUAUGGAGGAAGAAAAUGUUGAGGAUCUUGAGUCCCUCAUGGAGGACAUGGACUACAUCCCAGGACACUUCCUCCUGGAUCUCCACCUCAAUUGUGAUCCAGUCGGACCCAUGAAACUGCGGCACAGAGACACUUUUCUGAAGCAGGAGAGCCUUCAGUGUGAGCUGGAAGCUGAGGCUGGAUACUUGCAGUAUGCUGUCCGAAAUCUUCUGGGACUGCUGGCUUUCCACCUGGACCACCUGGACAAGGCCGAGGAAAUAUUCCGGAGCAUUUGUAAAGAAGAUCCAGGUAACCUGAACGCCUGGGCCAACUUGGGCUACGUGUACGAUAAGCUAGGGCGAGAGCUUGAUGCGACGGAGUGCGUGGAGAAAGUGUCGCACCUCAUGGGUAUAGAGUCUGGAGAGGCGUCGCAGGAAGAAACAAGGCAGCUGGCGGCCCGCUGUCUUGCUGAGCAGGCUUACGUCUACCCCUACGACGUGGAGCUGGACAGCGAGGAGGAGCUGCGCGAGAGACUGACGUCUGCACUGACACUGUACAACAGAGCCCUGGAUUAUGGGGGGCAUUUGAUAUCACCGGAGGAAAAAAGAAGUUGGCAUUUUAAAAUGGCGACUCUUUACAUAAGACUGGAUGACAUAGUGAAAACCCACGACGACUCUGAAUACUCCAGACUUUCACACUACAAUAAAGGACUGAAGCUGCUCAGAGAAACACUGGAAUCUGAAAGAAAGCAACAGAGAGCUCUGAGCUGGUGCUACAUCGGCAUCAUGUUGGAAAGGAAAGACGAGUUCACCACCGUUCCCAUGUCUGUCCAUGACUGCGGUUACUCGGCCACUGAUCCUCUCACCUGCUUCGGAACUGCUAUAAAGUUGGCGAGCGACGACGCCUUCAUCCUCAACCUCCUUGCCAGGAUGUUUUUCCUGCUGGGCAAGCAUGAGAUGGCAACUGGGAUUUGCAACAUGGCCCUCAGUGUGCUGCCAGAUCCAGAGCUCAACUGGCAGGCCUACUGUACCCACGCCAAGAUCAACAUGGUGCUGUACGCCAGAGACUUGGAGAAAGCAAAGCACAACCAGGCCGGAAUUCCCGACCGUCAGAAACUCACAGAGGCUAGAAAACACCUGGACAAGGUUUUGAAAGUCCGUCCGUGUUUGAGGACUCACCUGGAGAUGGCACAGAUCUACUACUACAUGGGUGUGGACGCCCUGCAGGAGACUCUUUUGGUGGACGAGGCUGCCAUCAACUGUGCUCUGGUCAGUCUUUCUCAGGCUCUGCAGUUCGAACAGGGCGACAGCUUGCCGGACCUUCACCUGCUGCGUGGACGCUGCCUCCUGCUGAAGGGCGAAGAACAGAAUGCUGCAGACUGUUUCAAAAGUGCAAUGGAGCUGGAGAGGCCGGGCAGCACCGACACCACUGCGCUGCGGUGCCUCCUAGAGGCGCUGCUGGCUCUGUUCAUGCAGGCUGGCUCUGACCCCGAGCCGGCCAUCACACAGAUGGAGCAGUGGGUGCAGAAGGCGGAGGAGAAGUACUCUGAGUGUGCUGUGAAGGACGAGUUGAGGUGCUUGUAUAGGAUGCGGACUGCAGAGGUCACUGAAUUCUCGCGCGCCCUGAUCAGGACGGGUCGGCUGGAACUGGUGAGGAGGCUGCUGGAGACUGUCACUCCAAAACAGAGCGUAAAGAAGAGAGUGAAAACUUGGUCUUUCUCCUUUUGAUGAACCAAAGAGGAGAACAUGUUAUUUGAAGCAAAGUGGUAAGAAUAGGUCAGAAAGUCCACUGGCUCUUAAGGAAGUCGGGUUGUUUCUAUGCAGGGUUUGCAUGGCAUGGUGUCGUCGCCUUGGGCACCAAAGAACUUGCAAUACCUGGAUUCAUCAGCAGCAAAAGAAUGAUUGAGUAAGUAUUGUGGACUCAUCGAAAGUCAGAAGAGAGAAACAAGUGUUGGGAUGACUCUUCAAUAACAGUUAGGACUAACAACACAAGGAACCAGUGUUUGUCAGGCUUCCAAAUAUGAGGCAGACGUUGCCUAGCAGUCCCUUUAGAGAACACUGCGAGGUGCUUACACAUCUUACUAAUGUCACUGUGGAUGUUUGACUAAAAGUGCCCAAUA